GUCCUCACGGGAGCCUGGACAGAGCACGGCGCCCCUGCGCAGCACAGUGACCUUCGCCUCUCUGAACCCUGGUUAAUCUUUGCCCAGUCUGAGGGCCGUGGGGCUCCUCCCCUGUGAGAUAUAAGCCCGGCCCCGGGCUGCCCGGUCUCCUGCCGGUCCUGAGCCUCCCGAGUGCUGCGCCCUCACCAUGGCCAAGGGCUUCUACAUUUCCAAGCCCGUCGGCAUCCUGGGCAUCAUCCUGGGUGCGGGGGCCGUGGCCACCAUCAUCGCCCUGUCCGUGGUGUACUCCCAGGAGAAGAGCAGGAGCACCGAGAACCCUGUCACAACCCCCACCAGCCCCAGCACCACUGAGAGCACCACUGAGAGCACCACUGAGAGCACUACUGAGAGCACCACUGCGGCCACCACCUUGGACCCGGACAAGCCAUGGAAUCAGUACCGCCUCCCCCAGACGCUGGAGCCCGAGUCCUACAAGGUGAGGCUAAGGCCCUACCUCACCCCCAACCAGGACGGCCUGUACAUCUUCGAGGGCUCCAGCACCGUCCGCUUCAAGUGCAAGGAGGCCACCGACGUCAUCAUCAUCCACAGCAAGAAGCUCAACUACUCGAAGACCCCGGAGCAGCACAUGGUGACCCUGCGGGGCGUGGGGGACGCCCCCGUGCCUGACAUCGAGAAGACCGAGCUGGUCGAGGUCACGGAGUACCUGGUGGUGCACCUGAAGAGCCAGCUGCAGGCGGGCAGCCUGUACGAGAUGGACACCCAGUUUGAGGGUGAGCUGUCGGACGACCUGGGCGGCUUCUACCGCAGCGAGUACACGGACGGCAACGAGAAGAAGGUGCUGGCCACCACGCAGAUGCAGUCUACAGACGCCCGGAAAUCCUUCCCGUGCUUCGACGAGCCGUCCAUGAAAGCCCAGUUCAACAUCACCCUGGUCCACCCCAACAACCUCACGGCCCUGUCCAACAUGCUGCCCCAAGGCCCCAGCGUCCCGUUGGCGGACGACCCCACCUGGAACGAGACGGAGUUCCACCCCACCCCCGUCAUGUCCACGUACCUGCUGGCCUACAUCGUGAGCGAGUUCACGUCUGUGCAGAGCGUGGAGGAGAUGGCGCCCAACAGCAACGUCCUGAUCCGGAUCUGGGCUCGGCCGAGUGCCACCCAGGCAGGACACAGUGACUACGCCCUGAACGUGACCGGCCCCAUCCUAAAGUUCUUCGCCGGUCAUUAUGCCACCGCCUACCCCCUGGAAAAGUCCGACCAGGUCGGUUUGCCUGACUUCAACGCCGGUGCCAUGGAGAACUGGGGGCUGGUCACCUACCGGGAGAACUCCCUGCUGUUUGACCCCCAGUACUCCUCCAGUAGCAACAAGGAGCGGGUGGUCACUGUGAUCGCCCACGAGCUGGCCCACCAGUGGUUUGGGAACCUGGUGACAGUGGCCUGGUGGAACGACCUGUGGCUGAACGAGGGCUUUGCCUCCUACGUGGAGUACCUGGGUGCCGACUACGCCGAGCCCACCUGGAACCUGAGAGACAUGAUCGUGCAGAAUGAGGUGUACAGCGUGAUGGCCGUGGACGCGCUGGCCUCCUCCCACCCGCUGACCACCCCUGCUGAGGAGGUCACCACGCCCGCCCAGAUCAAUGAGUUGUUCGACUCCAUCUCCUACAGCAAGGGGGCCGCUGUCCUCAGGAUGCUCUCCAGCUUCCUGACUGAGGACCUGUUCAAGACGGGCCUGGCGUCCUAUCUCAGUGCCUUUGCCUACAAGAGUGCCACCUACCAGGACCUGUGGGUGCACCUGCAGGAGGCUGUGGACAAUCAGACAAACAUCACGCUGCCUCAAAACGUGAGCACCAUCAUGGACCGCUGGGUCUUGCAGAUGGGCUUCCCCCUCAUCACCGUGGACACCAGCACAGGGAACAUCUCCCAGCAGUACUUCCUUCUGGACCCCGAGUCCGAGCCCACCCGCCCCUCACCAUUCAACUACCAGUGGAUUGUCCACAUCUCGUCUCUGAAAGAUGGCGUCCAGCAGCAGGACGUCUGGCUGGAGGAAGCCUCCAAAAUCGAGGAGCAGUUCAAAACCGAAACUGAGGACUGGGUCCUGCUGAACAUCAACGUGACGGACUAUUACCAGGUGAACUACGACGAAGACAACUGGAGGAAGAUUCGGAGUCAGCUGCAGAGAAACCUGUCGGUCAUCCCUGUCAUCAACCGGGCCCAGAUCAUCCACGAUGCCUUCGACCUGGCCAGUGCUGGCAUUGUCAAUGUCACCCUGGCGCUGAACAACACCCUCUUCCUGAGUGGAGAGACAGAAUACCUGCCCUGGGAGGCCGCCCUGAGCAGCCUGAACUACUUCAAGCUCAUGCUGGACCGCUCCACGGCCUAUGCCCCCAUGCAGAACUACCUGAGGAAUCAGGUCACGCCCCUCUUCGAAUACUUUAGAAACAUCACCGAAGACUGGAGUCAGCGCCCAGAAAAACUGAUGGACCAGUACAACGAGGUGAACGCCAUCAGCACCGCCUGCUCCAAUGGGCUCCCUGCAUGCCAGAGCCUGGUGUCUCAACUUUUCCAACAGUGGAUGAACGACCCCGAGAAUAACCCAAUCCACCCCAACCUGCGGACCACUGUCUACUGCAACGCUAUCGCCCUGGGUGGUGAGGAGGAGUGGAACUUCGCCUGGGAGCAGUUCCAAAAAGCCACGCUAGUAAAUGAAGCCGACAAGCUUCGAGCGGCCCUGGCCUGCACCAAGCAGGUCUGGAUCCUGGACAGGUACCUGCGUUACACCCUGAACUCCACCCUCAUCCGGAAGCAGGACGCCACCUCCACCAUCAACAGCAUCGCCAGCAACGUCAUCGGGCAAACUCUGGCCUGGAAUUUUGUCCAGGCGAACUGGAAGAAGCUCUUUGAGGACUACGGUGGAGGCUCCUUCUCUUUCUCCAGAGUCAUCCUGGCGAUCACUCAGCGAUUCUCCACUGAGGAGGAACUGCAGCUGCUGGAGCAGUUCAAGGCGGACAACGCGGACACAGGCUUCGGCACAGCCACGCGGGCUCUGGAGCAAGCCCUGGAGAAGACCAAAGCCAACAUCAAGUGGGUGAAGGAGAACAAGGCCGUGGUGCAGCAAUGGUUCACAGACAACAGCUAGUGGCCCCCGGUCCAGGCAGUCGCCUGGUCUGCACGGGAGAGGCCCACUCAUGCCUCUGUCCCAGUAGCCCUCUGCGGGGCCCUCCACUCCUGAACGAAGCCGUAGGCCACGUUCUCCCCACUCUGUGCGUGAUGCCAACCCAGCUCCCGAUGGCCAGACCGUCCAAGCACCUCCCAGCCCCUGCCCCUCGUGCCGACAGCACUUGGGGCCCUGGGGCUGACCUCAGGGAAGCCCUCGGUGGACUACGGAUGGCCUUGGGGAGCUGCCCUACACCCUCUCCUGCUUCCCCAUGACGACCCUGAACCUGGGGACUCAACAGGGCACCAAAUCUGUAUAUUUUUUCAAAGAGAAAAUGUAGAUAAAGGAUUUCUAUAGGA